GCCGAGCAGGGGCUCGGGGUCUAGUCGGAGCCAUUGUACCUGUUGUCACUAUCACCUCAGCAGCCACGUGUGGAAAAGUCGCUCGGCUACCCGCCUUCAGGAAAAAGGAAAGAAAAAAAGAUACUUGGAAAAAGUUGCACUUCAAAACUGCUACAAGAAUCAAGAGUUUGAAUUAACAAGAAUUUUUGUCAAGUUCAACAAAUUGAAGGCUGAAAUAUUGCAGUUAGUGACCAGGAAUAUGGACCGACUACUUCGACUUGGAGGAGGUAUGCCUGGGCUUGGCCAGGGACCACCUACAGAUGCUCCAGCAGUAGAUACAGCAGAACAAGUUUAUAUCUCUUCUUUGGCGCUAUUGAAAAUGUUGAAACAUGGUCGUGCUGGAGUUCCAAUGGAAGUUAUGGGUUUGAUGCCUGGAGAAUUUGUUGAUGAUUACACCAUCAGAGUGAUUGAUGUGUUUGCUAUGCCAUAGUCAGGAACAGGUGUCAGUGUAGAGGCAGUUGAUCCAGUAUUCCAAGCCAAAAUGUUGGAUAUGCUGAAGCAGACGGGAAGGCCUGAGAUGGUUGUUGGUUGGUAUCACAGUCACCCUGUUGGCUGUUGGCUUUCUGGUGUGGAUAUCAAUACUCAGCAGAGCUGUGAAGCCUUGUUGGAAAGAGCUGUAGCAGCCGUAGUGGAUCCCAUUCAGAGUGUCAAAGGAAAGGUUGUUAUUGAUGCAUUCAGAUUGAUCAAUGCUAAUAUGAUGGUCUUGGGACAUGAACCCAGACAAACAACUUCAAAUCUGGGUCACUUACACAAGCCAUCUAUCCAGGCAUUAAUUCAUGGACUAAGCAGACAUUAUUACUCCAUUACUAUCAACUAUAGAAAGAAUGAGCUAGAACAGAAGAUGUUGCUAAAUUUGCAUAAGAAGAGUUGGAUGGAAGGUUUGACACUUCAAGACUACAGUGAACAUUGUAAACUCAAUGAAUCUGUAGUAAAGGAGAUGUUGGAAUUAGCUAAGAAGUACAAUAAGGCAGUCGAAGAAGAAGAUAAGAUGACACCUGAACAGCUGGCAAUAAAGAACGUUGGCAAGCAGGACCCAAAGCAUCAUUUGGAAGAACAUGUGGAUGUGCUUAUGACCUCAAAUAUUGUCCAGUGUUUAGCAGCUAUGUUGGAUACUGUUGUAUUCAAAUAAAAAAAAA